CAGUCUUGAUCAGAACAAGCGUGUGCGCAGCUGUUGCUCCUCGAGGCAAAAAGAGGCACAGGGCGAUUGGCGGGCGGCACUUGCCUUGCAGGCAGGCAGCACAGCACAGCACCACAGAGUCACCUGCUUCGAGCUCGCCCAAGGAGGGGCCAGUAACGGUGUCGUGCUUGGAACCAUCGACUCACCUACCCACGGAACCACCAUCUCUCUCUCCACCACUUCUACUGCUACCUUCCGCACAUACACUCACUGACCGCCGUCCACCACCACUGACCUGACCACAACACAGCCGUCGCCCGGCCCCUGGCAGCACCUCGUCAUACCACAGCCUCGAGCUGCUGCCGCCGCCAACAUGCCGCCCUAUCUGACCUGCAUCGCCCUCAGCUCGACCACCGGCGAUGACCAUCGCUCCAUCGAUCUGAUUCCAGACAAGCCCUGUGUGGUCGGUCGCACCUCCAGGAGCAAGGCCGCCAUGGAGGCUCGCACAAACAACGCCCUCUUCGACUGUGCGGUCGUCUCCCGCCAGCACGCUGAGAUCCGCGUCGCCCCGUGGGCUACACCCGGCACGCAAAUCACUCUUACCGACCUAAACAGCCUACACGGCACCGCCGUGAAUGGGCGCCGCUUAACGCCUCUCACUGAGUUCACCCUCAAGUCUGGUGAUGUGAUCAAGUUUGGAGAGCGAGUGUCGAGGGGUGAAGAGGCACACGACGGCGUCUCCGUCACCUUCCGCCAUCUCCAGCAACACGAUAGCCACCCUGAGGGCAGUCACCACCCAGUCACGUCGCGCGGCGUCCGUGUCUUUGAGGCUCCCGAUCUCUCCGACCAGUCCGACUUUGACAGCGACAUCGAGUUCGACAUCGACUCGGUCGGCAGCUGUGUCGAGCAGACCCAAUCCGCAGAAACCACCCCAGAACAACCCAAGAUGGGCACACAAAGUCAACCGAUCGACCUGGAUGAGGUCAAAACAGCGCACAAGAAGGUCAUAAGCCUGCUGGACGAGGACGACCUAGACUUUGACGAGAACCAAGCAGCGCCCUCCAAGCCCACAUCUGCUCCACUGCGCACUACUGUGCCUGAGAGUAUCAACUUGGUUGAUCGCCAGCCAACGAGCCCGGCAGAGGCUGCUCCAACUGCUGCUCCUGUGCCGCCCACGUUCUUCAAUCUUCACGAAUCAGACUUCGAUGAUGUGCAUGAGGAUGUGGUAACUUACAACACUGGCCUCUCGAAAAUCUUGAACGAGCGAGAGCUCGAUGAUGAACAAGUGAUUGACGAAGACGACCAAGGCGAGGAUUCUGCGGAUGCUGAGUAUGUUGGCCACGCUACCGAACAAGAAUCAGAUCUCGACUCACUCGAUGGCAGUCCAGCGCUUUCUGAGGAAGACAUGGACGACUAUGAGCCGGCCUACAUCUCGCAACGCCAGCCAUCUGAGGAGCUUGGCCAGCCAAACGCAAAAGCUGUGGAAUCAGUCUGGCAGAAAAUGUGUGAAGAGAGCGCACUUGCAUCCGCAGCCGCGCCCAAGCCACACUACGAUCCUGUGCGAGGCUCCCGCCUCGCGGCAGAAGAGACCAGUGCCGCCACUGCCUUGCCAGGGCCGUCCAAGUACACGUAUGACCCCUGGUACCCCGGCUUCGUGAACUCGAACCUGGCUACUGACAAUACCGGCAGUCGUCGUUGGGACAUCCCACCCGUAGUGUCGCAAAACUCGAUGUUUGCCCCACCACUUAUGCCUCUGCCCAGCUCUGGUCCUCAUCAGGCAGCAAGUAGUGCAUACCAGAACGAGAAGGAGAGUCAUGGUCAGCAAAGCGAGCCGCAAGUGCCAAGCACUGUACAAGCCAGCAGAGGCAAGCUUGCCAUCGGCGACUUGCUCCAGCCACAGAAUCAGCACACGACCUACCGACUGCCGCAGUCUACGCUCCCAGUCUCGCUCGGCGGCCCUGUCAUGCCCCAGCUGCCAGCGUUAGUUCCUGCUGUGGCUGCCAACGCUGCUACAGUACCAGAGACAACUUCAAAGCCAGCUGGAAAGAAUAAGCGUAAGGCGUCCGAGGUUUUCGACGCCGAAGUCGAAGAGUCCGAAGAGCCCGUGGCCAAGAAAGUGGUUACAGUCGACGCUGCCACCGGCACACAGCGUGCCAUCGCGGCUCAAGCUGAUAGCAAGAGCAAUACUGUCCAACGCAUUGCCAGUGCGGCUGUGAAGCAUGCAGUCAGCGCUGGCGUCGGCGUUGCUGCUACUAUCGCCUUCCUCAACAGCACGUAUGCCGAGCGGGUGAUUGAAUACCUCAGCUGAGUACUCUUGAUCGGAACAGAUUGCUUGGUAUUGGUUUGGCACAGAGGACGGUGAUUUCAUAAUAGCUCAAAAUGCUGUGCGGAGCUGCUGAAAUGACGCGAAGACGGAACGAUGACAUGAAAAUGGGAACGAAAGACGUGGCGUUCACUGCAGGCGCCUGGUCACAGUACUUCUUAGGAUGAGGGAAAGGGCGCACACAGGUUCAGGGAAGGUCCAUCUGUAUUGACGGGCGAUUGAAGUUUACCUUGAGACGCAUGCUGUAUUCACGGCAUUGCACUACUGUAGAAGGCGUUGGUGAGGCACGGUCGGGAUUGAUAGUGCCAACCACGACGUGGAAUGAUUGUUCUCAGCCCUCUGUGCACCGGUUCUUCUUCACUUUCGUGGCAGGUUAACUUCAGCAUCGAUGAGCAGCGAUCUGCCGAG